GAUCCAUGCAAGAUAGUGAGGAUUCUUCCGACGAACAUCCUGUCGCCUUUGACUCCUGCACGUGCCCCGACUGCCUCUUGAUCGGCUGUCAUUGCAUACUAUCAUCGUCCAAGUGGGGCGCCUGCAGAUCUGGCAUUGCUUGUUGCCUGCAGCCCCAAACUCAACUAUAGACUGACUCACUCGCCAGGCUGUCAUGGCCCCCGGAUCUCAGCAUCUCAAAGGUGACACAGAAUGUGGCAUUGCCCGGAGAUAUCCUACUCCAUGGUGGGGUCGAACUAACUUGUUAGUUAGCACAAGGCUUGGGAGGCUCGAUGGCGGUCUCUUAAAUAAAGCUAGCAGCACAGCCUCGUGGUCAUUCACUCACUGACCCAUUUCACUCUUCUUGACCACCACACUCACUUAGCUCGCUCUUACUGACUAUAAAGCUCCCCCCAAAUACAGACAUCACUCCUCACAUCAACUUUUCUUGCCAAGGAAAAUGAGAUGCAUGAACCAAAGCACGUUUCUCCAAAACUAUGUCUAUGCCCUUGAGCAUGACUUCUGCUCUCCCACUGGGGAGCCUGCCGCCUGGGCGCCUGGAUAUCCCAAAUACUGGGGUCAGGAAGCAGCGAAGAUCCAAUUAGAGGGGAAGGCAAAUGCGCUUGCUCUUAGCCCUGAUAGCAAGAUUAUUGCCGUGGGGAUUGACACCGAGAUCCAUAUCUUUGAUGCGGAUACGCAGGAACGUGUUGAGGUUUUGAGAGGACACACGGGCGCCCUGGAGCAGGUGAAGUUCGCUCCGGGAAUCAUCAAUACCGUGGAUUCAGAAGACACCCGGUACAUCCUGGUGUCGACAGGCGAGGAACUCGAAGAGAGUGAUGGAAGUAGUGACCGCCAUGAGGGAUGUGAUUUCGGGAUCAUCAUCCUAUGGGAGCUGGACGAGCACGGGAGACUCCGACAAAAGAAAGAGAAGCCAGUUGACGUUGACACCCUCACAAGCAGAACUCUACAGCCCCUUAUUUCAGACCUAGUGUCCAGCCACGGCUGGAAAAGUGAUGAAAAAGCCAUGGGGGCCCUAGACAAAGCCAUGAAAAAAGCCCUCCGAAAUGCCGUCCAUCUACACGAACAAGAAAGCAAACACUAUCUUCGAGGCGAACUAGCCUCCUUCGGUAGUCCCACAUUCAGUUCAGACGGCAAGACAUUGAUCUAUCUCAGCCAAAACGAAACAACCCAGCACGGACCUCGUGACCCUGCUCUCCUCCCAUGCCUCAACCUCUGGGACAUGCAGACCCGGUCCCUCCGACACCGACUGCUCGGCCACACAGACGCCAUAAUGUGGGCUGGGAUGAGUCCAGACAAUUCUCUAGUCACGUCCAUCGCAUGGGAUGGCAGGGCACGAGUCUGGGACGCCAACUCCGGAGCCUGCAUCCAUGUACUGGUUUCUGUGGACGGCCAGCUCUGGAGCGGUGUCUUCUCUCCCGAUAGCAAGUACCUCGCUGUGAGCCAGGGAAGCCCCAGGACAUAUAUCCAUGUCUACGACCUUCGAACAGGACAGUCCGUCUCUCGCUUCGACGGAUUUCGCCGUUGGGCACGCAGCUUGGCUUGGAGCCCUGACGGGACCGUGCUUGCAGGCGGAGGAGACGGCGGCACAGUGCGUCUUUGGGAUCCGUUGACCGGUGAAGAGCGGAUGCGAUGGCGUCUGGCUUUUGAGGAUUCCCUGAUGCGGAGCUUUGCCGGGAUUCAAAGCGUACAGUUCGUGGAUAAGGGGAAGAAGCUGGUGUUUCGGACCCAGGAAGGUACGGUGGAGACGUAUGAUAUCGAAAGCAAUCUCAAGCAGCAGUUUACAAGACGUGCGGAGGACAGGAUUGAUAGGAGCCCUAUGGCGAAAAUGGCUGUGUCAAGUGAUGCUCGGCUGCUGGUCGUUCCGGACGCAGAUGGGGUUUUGAGACUAUGGUGUCUUUAGAUGGGUGUUCUGUAUUGGGCAUCGUGGGAGGAUAUUCUCUCGAGAUACUUAUAGCGAAGAUGUUGUAGUUGGAUGGAUGUGGUAACUAAUAACAUUGCCACAUAGUCUUCUAUUUCGAUGGCCUUGGCUAAUUUAUGAUAGAUAUUAUGACAGCUUCUGUAGAGAAUAACCCGUGUUUCCAGCAAAGUCCUAAGG